AUGUGCCGUCUAGUCACCCGCGUUGCCUCGUGCUGGCUCUGUAAUUCGACACUCGAACCUUUUGGCCGAUUCUUCCCUUGCGGUAACGUUAUCACUGCAGGGAAAAAGGGCUGCGACAUUUUGGAGCAGCAGGAAAACGUCGGCCCCGGGGAUUUGCUAUGUCAUGAGUGCCUUAAGAUUACUGAUGGAAUAAACAAGCUCAACGACAACCAGGCUCUCCCUGAGUCCCCCAAGAUGGGUGGAAGACGAACAGGGUAA